GCUGACAUGCAGGAUAGAUGCUGACCCAGAGACGGCUGCUGCCAAACUCCGCCCGGUAACACCGAUGGACAUCUCAUAGAGUUAAACUAGAUCCGGAGCGACAGGAUCUCUGUGGCAUCUCCUGGACCUGUCCUGCUUGGAGGGAGACCGCAGGGUUAUUUUAAAGAGGAUUGUGUCAGGAGACACCUGCAGAAGAUUCCUUGCCAAAGUGACCAUGGCUGAAGAAAUGUCCCUGCAGACGUGUAACUUGGCUGCUGAGAAAAGAAGUAAAGGGAAACGUCAAAUAAGACGCAGCGUCACUCAUUUACCUCCAGAUGGACAUCUCAUCAGUGGCACUCACAACAUGAGGCCUGACUCUUCAUUUGGCAGUAUUUGUGUAAGUAUGGACUCACUUGCAGAGAGCAGCGAUGCUGGAAUCCUUUAUCUGAACCCUCAAACACCCAACUGGUCUCUCGUGGAGAAGUUUGCUGAGCUUUCACCAGGAGAAGAGACAGAGAUAAACAAUGACCAAGAUGACAACAGAGAAUUGUUACAAUGCACUAAAUAUACUGAGACCAACACAAUGUAUGAACCUAAUGCAGUGCUCUUGGAUGCUGUGAACAAGAAGAGAAAAAACGGCCUCAUAAACCAAAGUGAUGUCUCAGCCAAACAUAAGACAUCGAAGCUCAAAGAGCUAAAUGUUGAGGACUUUUCUCCAAACAGAGGUGAGAAAAAGGCCAAAAAGAAAAAAGCUUCUGUGAAGAAGCUACUUAUAAAGUGUGAAGACAACAAGAUCCCUCGACUUCUGGUGGCAAUGAAAAAACGCAGUGGAGUUGACACAGAGCACCGCCCCUUCAAAUGCUCGCACUGCCACUGGGCUUUCAAGAAGCUCUGCAACCUGCAGAGUCACUUACAGACUCACACUGGCCUCAAGCCACAUGUGUGUGAUAUAUGUGGCAAGGCUUACUCUCACCAGGGCACACUGCAGCAGCACAAGCGUCUGCACACGGGCGAAAGACCGUAUCACUGCCCCUUCUGUGUCAAAACCUAUAUCUGGUCCUCAGAUUACAGAAAGCAUAUUCGCACACACACUGGUGAAAAGCCCUAUAUAUGCGACACUUGCGGCAAGGAUUUCAUUCGCUCCUCUGACCUGCGGAAGCAUGAGCGCAACAUGCACACAAAUGACAAGCCCUUCCCAUGCACACACUGUGGCAAGACCUUCAAUAAGCCACUCUCCCUGAAGCGCCAUGAGCGAAAGCACCUGGGAGAAAGACCCUUCUCCUGCCCCGACUGUGGAAAGUCUUUUGCCUUGGCCAGCCGAAUGGCGGAGCACCAGAAAAUCCACACAGGACUGCGUCCAUACGUCUGCUCUGUGUGCUCAAAGUGUUUCACAAAGUCCUCCAACCUGGCCGAGCACGAGGCCAUUCACAGCGGAGUGCGGCCCCAUAAGUGUGAAGAGUGCGGCGUUGCGUUUGCCAUGGCCUCCCGCCUUGUUCGUCACCAGUUCAUUCACAAUAAAGAGAAACCUUACAGCUGCUCAGGCUGCAGCAAGAACUUCAGCCACCUGGCAAAACUGCAGCUGCACCAGGAGCAAACAUGCGCCGGCAGGAUCUUUGUCUGUGUAGAGUGCGACAAAUCUUUCCAGUGUGCCACAAAGCUUUCGGAGCAUAUGCUGAAACACAGGGAUGAGGGUGUCUGAGCCUGUUUAAACACAGGUACUGUACACAUCCUCCCCUGUGCUUGAACUGUAAAUGCUGUAAUAUUCUGUUUAUUUCAGACACUCACUUCCAGAGAUGUAGGACCCAUUCAAGGUCACAGGGCACCAGUUUAUAUAUAUUAAUGUAUGCAUUUUUAUUUAUUGCGCGUCAUGAGUUGUAAAAUGUGCCUCCUCUUUCCCCAUGGUGCUGGGUUCCCAUUAGAAUGUUGUGGGAUAAAAAUUGCCCCGAGCACAGCAUCGACACUCGAGCUGACAGUUUAAUGAUGUGAUAUGAAACUGGUUACAAGAGCAGAGACUCUUUUAAAAGUGAGAAUAUGAAUGCAUGGUGGGACACUCAUUAAAAGUACACCAUCCCUUCAUGAGCGUGGCACUUCAAAAACCCCAUUACAUCCUCAUCCUGAAUUUAUAGACACAUAAAGAUGUAAAUACCCAACUUUAGUAGGAGUAUGAUCCUGAAUUUAUGGAUACACAAAGAUUUAAUUACCCCACUUUAGCAUUUGUUGCAAAAGCCAAACAUACACAAGAUGAGAGAUUUGGGAGCUAACCAGCAUCAAAACUUAUUUAUUCUCAAAAUGUUUUGAUGAUUAAAGCAGUCAGAAGCAAGUCACAGUCUCACAUAGUCAGAUCAUUCUCCACAGUGCUGUGUUAGCUCAAUGGAGAAAGAUCUGACUGAAAAAUAUGCUCCACUUUGUACAAAUCAAUCACAACUGCCUUGCAUGGGGGUAAGUCCAGGAUGCAGAGAGGAUGUGUUGGGGGAGUUGACUUAAUGGAACAGUUUACAUACAGCAAGGUGAGCACUACUAUCAAAAUGGAUAAUUCACAAUAACAAACUGUAUGAUCUAAAUCUUCAGCAAAACUCUCAAUUUUCAGUAGGUAAGUUCAGAAGUUUUUGUUUCUCAUAGCAGAGGGGGUUUCAAAGUCGUAACAUGCAAAUAGCAGAAGAGGAGAAGAAUACUGCUUGAAAUGCAAAAAAUAUUCGCAUGAAAAUAUAUUUAAGGUACUAAGAGUAACAGUAGUUGUUCUGUAUUAUAAAAUGGAAUCUGUACAGAAACAAGUCAAGCUCUCAGAUAAAUGUAGUGGAUUUUUUCUCUGAAAUGCUGUGGAGUACAAUGUCGAAGAAAACAGAAAGUACACCACUAAAAGUUUACUUCAGUACAGUAUAAGAGUAGUUGUAUGUUUACUGUACGAAUAGACCAGUCCAAUUUGUCUAAUGAUUCAGGGGAGCUAUCUUAUCACUUGCUUUUUUCUUUUUUUUUUUAACCAGUGGCAUGAUGUAUUAAUAUAUUUUAUGUCUAAAGUCAUUCUGAUAUUUCUAUGCAUGGUGUAUGUCAUUUGCUAAACUUCACAUCUUUUUACCCAUACAGUGUAAGAGCAAAUAAAAGCAAACUGGCAUUUAAA